AUGGAACACAUGUCCARCAGCAGCUCCUUCAAUGAAUUUCUCCUCCUGGCAUUUKCMGACAUGYGGGAGCUGCAGCUCUUGCACUUCUCCMUCUUSCUGRCCAUCUAYCUGGCUGCCCUSCUGGCCAACGGCCUCAUCAUCACRGCCAUAGCYUGCGACCACCACCUCCACACCYCCAUGUACUUCUUCCUCYUCAACCUCKCCCUCCUCRACCUGGGCUCCAUCUCCAGCACUGUGCCCAAAUCCAUGRCCAAUUCCYUUUGGRACAUGAGAACCAUUUCCUACUCAGGAUGUGCYGCCCAGGUCUUCCUGGUUGUCUUCUUAUUUGGAGGGGAGUUUUCGCUCCUCACAGUCAUGGCCUAUGACCGCUAUGUGGCCAUCUGCAGACCCCUGCAUUAUGGGACCCUCAUGAGCGGCAGAGCUUGUGUGAAAAUGGCAGCAGCUGCCUGGGCCAGUGGGUUUCUCAGUGCUCUCCUGCACACUACAAACACAUUUUCAAUUCCAGUUUGCCGAGGCAAUGCACUGGACCAGUUCUUCUGUGAGAUCCCCCAGAUCCUCAAGUUAACCUGCUCGGAUUGGUACUUGAGGGAAGUUGGGCUUCUUAUGUUUACUGCCUGUUUAAUGUUUGGGUGUUUCAUUUUCAUUGUGUUGUCCUAUGUGGAGAUCUUCCGAGCUGUGCUGAGGAUCCCCUCUGAGCAGGGCCGCCACAAAGCCUUUUCCAUGUGCCUCCCGCACCUGACUGUGGUCUCCCUGUUUAUCAGUUCUGCAACGUUUGCCUACCUGAAGCCUCCCUCCAUCUCCUCCCCAGCUCUGGACAUGGUGCUCGCUGGUCUGUACUCAGUGGUGCCUCCAGCAGUGAACCCCCUCAUCUACAGCAUGAAAAAUCAUGAGCUGAAGGGUUCCCUGAGGAAAGUGAUUUCACAGACGUUUUUCAACACUAGUAAAAUGGUCUUUUGUCUCCACAAUUGCUCUUUCUAUAUUAAAAUUUGA